AUGUCGUUAGCUGAUGAACUUUUGGCUGAUUUAGAAGAAACAACUGAAAAUGAACGAAAUACAGGUGAAGAAAAAGAUCAAUCGAUGAAAAUGGACAUUGAUCCAAAUCCAAAUGAAUUAAAUCAGUCGAAAAGAAAUGUCAAUAGUGUUUUUCAUGUUGCCAAAUUACAAGAAUCGAUCUUAUUACAAGAAACAAUGAGAAAAAUCGAUUUUCAUACAAAACAUCAACGAAAAUCAACAAUGGAAAUCGAAGGACCUGUUGAAUAUGAUCCUGAAUAUCUUCUCAUUGUUGAUGCAAAUCAUUUACUGGUGAAAAUUGAUGAUGAAAUCGACAUCAUUCACAACUUUGUCAAAGGAAUCUAUAAAAAACGAUUUCCUGAAUUGGAACAACUUGUUCAAUUACCAUUGGAUUAUCUUAAAACUGUUCAAGUGUUGGCAAAUAAUGUUGAUCGAGCAAAGAAUAAUGAACAUCUUCAGAAAUUCUUGACACAAGCAACGAUUAUGAUCGUCAGUGUUUCUGCAUCAACAACUCAGGGGAAAAAUUUAACAGAUGAAGAAUUAGAAAGAGUGAUGGAAGGAUGUCAAAUGGCAAUGAAAUUGAGUGAAGAUAAACAAACAAUGUUGACAUAUGUGGAAUCACGAAUGAGUUUUAUUGCACCAAAUUUAUCAACAAUUGUUGGUGCAUCAACUGCAGCAAAGUUAAUUGGAAUGGCUGGUGGAUUAACAAAUCUGACAAAAAUGCCUUCGUGUAAUAUUUUAUUGUUGGGUGCGCAGAAGAAACAACUCGGAGGAUUUUCAACAACUGCAGCAAUGCCACAUGCUGGAGCGAUUUACUAUUCAAAAAUUGUUCAAGAUUGUCCACCGGAUCUUCGAGUGAAAGUUGCUCGUCUAGUCUCAUGUAAAGUAACAUUAGCUGCACGUAUUGACAGUUGUCAUGAAUGUCCACAAGGUCAACAAGGAAAAGCGUUGCUCAGUGAAAUCGAAAAACGAGUGGAAAAACUAACUGAACCACCACCAGUCAAAGCAGUGAAACCAUUACCUGCACCAAUCGAUUCUGGAAGAAAGAAACGUGGUGGAAGACGACACAGAAAAAUGAAAGAACGUCUUGGAAUGACUGAAUUGAGAAGUGGUGCAAAUAAAACUGCUUUUGGAACAAUCGAAGAAGAUGCUUAUCAAGAAGAUUUGGGUUUUUCAGCAGGUUUAAUUGGUAAAUCAGGUUCAGGAAAAGUUCGUGCAGCUCAGGUUGAUUCAAAAACUAAAGCAAGAAUUUCACAAAAACUUCAAAAAACUUUACAACAACAAAACAAUACAUAUGGAGGAACAACAACAGUUCACAAUCGAAAACAAAUCAGUGGAACUGCAUCGAGUGUUGCAUUUACUCCACUUCAAGGUUUGGAAAUUGUUAAUCCAAAUGCAGCUGAAAAAGAUCGAACAGGAAUUGAAAGUCAAAAAUAUUUCUCAAAUUCAUUUGGUUUUACUAAAAUUAGUCCAUCUGUUAUUCCAAAAACAACUUAA